GUUCGCCGCUUUCGGCUCACUUCAGUCGGCCAGUGCAGUCGAGCUGCGACCAUCAUGGUACGCAGUUGAAUCGUCGCGUGUCGUGCGUAUGGCGUGUAUAGUACCGCAAUUUAAGUUUAAAUUAAAAAUCAUUUACUCGUACUUUUAUUUAUGAACCGUUUAUAAAAGUGUAUCUCGUUUCACACACAAAUCAAUCGUCGCGACCAUGGCUGUGAGAGAGUGUUGUUGUGAUAAACUGUCGCCUAACAAAAAAUCGAUUUUCGGAUUGAGAAUGCGGAGUCAAAUUCUGUAUUUACUGUUGGCUUCUUGUUUCUUAGCCAUGGCAUCUGCCGCUGACUCUGAAGGAACUUGUGCAAAUGUGAAAACAAUCUUCGAAAAGAAUGGAAUGUUGAUGGCGGUAGACUUACAAGCACAACCAAACUCAGACGCAGAUGGGCUAUGCACAAACAGAGGGUGUUGCGGCGCGGGCGCACGGUCGCGGCUCACGCAGGCGGCGCGCACGCAGCUCGAGUCGGCUCUCUGGAGCGAGCUCAGCAAGCUCUCUGAUACGCUCACGAACAGAGCUAUCAAGUUUGACGAGUUCUUCAAGAGGCUACUGAAGCAGUCUCGGGAGGAAUUCCACAUGAUGUUCAAGAGAACGUACGGCAUGAUAUACGAACAACACUCCUAUGUCUUCGAACAACUGUUUGAACAACUAGAGAGGUACUACACGCGAGGCGACACCAACUUCGAUGAAAUGAUGGAUGGCUUCUUCAGCAUACUCUACAACAAGAUGUUCACCGUACUCAACUCGCAGUAUGAGUUUGAUGAGAAGUACCUAAAAUGUGUGAACGAGCACAUGCGCGACAUUCAACCAUUUGAAGACGUGCCGAACAAACUAUCAGUGCAACUUCGCAGAGCCGUGGUAGCCACCAGAACCUUCCACAAGGCCCUGCGAGCUGGUGCUGAUGUCGUCAGAAACAUGAUGCAGGUGGAGAUAACAAAUGAAUGCGUGACAGCGUGGGCUCGGCUGCGGUACUGCGGUAGCUGCGCUGGACACCAGCCGCCGGCGUGCACGCGGUACUGUCACAACGUCAUCCGCGGUUGUCUGCCCGCGCACGCAGACCUUGGUGACCAGUGGGAUGCCUAUGUCGACGCCGUAGACAAAGUGGCCGACCGUCUGCUCGGUCCAUUCAACAUAGCUAUGGUAGUUGAACCUAUAGACAUCAAGAUAUCCGAAGCCAUCAUGAGCUUCCAAGAGCACAACCGGGAGAUCUCGCAGAAGAUAUUUACGGGGUGCGGAAAGCCCGUACUGGGAGGAGGUGGUGGGGCUGGACCAUUCUUUGCCCCCGGGGGCAAGACCCGCCGCUCCGUUCGCGCCAUCCCAGACUUCGACUGGCCCCAAAAAGUCGAUGAUGUAGACGACUUCGAGAUCGAAGCUUCGUUCGAAAGCUUAUUAAACGAAGAUCCUUCUAUAGCAAGUUUACGGACCCCUGAAGGUAUCCGUAAGGCUACAGAAGAUAUGGCUGAGCAGGCUAAAUUGAGGGAGAGGUUCUUGCAGUACAUGAAAGGAAAUAUAGACCUGCAAGAGUAUGAGGAGCAUGAGAGGAAGCGCCGUGACGCGGAGCCUGAGCCCGCGGCUGCCGGCGCUAUGGACAUCGACUUCAAGUCGUAUGACUUCGACGAGAAGAAAGGACCUAAGAAGAAGAAGCCUUCAAUGAAAAGCGAAGAGAGUCGCGGAUCCGACUGGGGCGGUCCUGCCCUAGAGAAGCUGGUGCGCGAGACACGUGUGCGCAUGCGCAACACGCGGCGCUACUGGAACCACCUCCCCGCGCUGCUCUGCACCACCACGUCUAUCACCAGUGCGCCCUGCUUCAAUGGAUCUGAUGUUGCUAGCUACACACUAAACGCCGCCAGCGAAGGUACAGCAGGACUAGCCAGUAACCCCGAAGUGCGCGGAACCGCCAGUCCUCUAGCGACGGCCAGCGUAGCCACACAAGCCGACUCGCUCCGAACACUGACCGCUAGGCUAAAGGAUGCUUAUAAUGGGGUUGAGGUGCAGUGGCUUGAUACUGAUCAGAAAGACCUACAAGUAGCGAGUUCAUACGGUCGCGAAGUGCUGGAGGACGUGGAGUCAGGGUCCGGCUCCGGAGACUGGGGCACCAGCGACGGACUGCCCACUGAUGACGAGGAUCUUAACGGUUAUGAUACAGCAGGCUCAGGCGACAGCGCACCUGAAGACGAAGACCAAACAGAACGCGAGCCCGAAGUACCACCACGACCAGUCGUCACCGAGCCGCCCUUCGUGCCCAGCAUCGUCGACACUCCCGGCACUAACAACGUCAAUGUUCGCACUCGCAUCCUCACCGAACCCGACACUGCCGGCCUGCCUAACACCGACACCGGUACUGUCGUGAUCGCCGACAAUGCCGACAACGCCGACGCAACCGAGCCCGAGACGCCGAGGUCGCAAGACAUCCCGCCCGUCAGGGAACAACCCGUCGCCGGGGCAGCGGAUAGCCCGUCACUUCAAAAGGCACUGUUCACGUACGCCUUACCCGUCGUCUGCGCUUGGUUCGGCACCAUCGUCACCGAUCUAUUCUAAAUUCAAACUUCUCAGAUUUUUAUUGAGGUUUUAGUCGGUUUUCGUGAGGUUUCCUACGGACGUUGUUAUCAUGUAUAGAAAUCGUUUGGUUUGUAUAUAGCCUAGUCAGUGAGCGACGGCCGUGAACAUGUGUAGGCACUACUGUGAUAUAAUGUGGACAGGUUAUACUUGAGAUGGAAUAGCACGCAGGGAACGAACAAUGACUUUUAACAAAUUUAUACACAGUGCAUUGUGUAGUGAAUUAAUUUAUUAUUCUAUAUUUUUUUCAAAUUAAAAUAUUCAGUUUCACCCUUAUUCGAAGUGAACGACAAUAAAUGGGGAGUAUUUUUUUAUUCUGGCAAUCAAAUAUGGCAUUAUAUUUUUUAAUUUAGCAAAAAUGGAAAUCAGCCAAAUUAUGUAUUUAUUAAAUGAUCUUUUUUCGUGUAAAUAUUGUGUAAAUUAUAACGAGGUAGAUAGUGAAUGUAUGUUUUAUUAUACGAGUAAGAAUGUUUGUACUAUGCCGUAUAGUCUGUGGAUUGGCGCCAAAACGUAACUCUAUACGUAAUGCAAACAAAUUAAUAAUAGCUCGGUAAAUUACAAUAUAAAUGUAUAACUACUUAACAAAGUACUAAAUAAAAUAACUUAAGAUUCAUAUCAUUAAACAGAUAUAAUUUUGUCACGAAACCACAGACUAACGCGAACUUAAAGAAACAUGUCUAAAAUGUACAUAAACUUAGUCAUAAUUAUUCUAAAGUAAGUUUAUAGACUGAUUUGCUUUCAAUUUAUAUUUUUACAUGCAAAUUAUAAUAUUAUUAUUUCAUUCGGACUAAGAUAACUACUAAUCAUUUAACCGACUGAUAUAAUGAUAAUUUGAAUAUUUCAUUUUUAUAUUAUAAUUAUAAUUAUUAUAUAAUAAUAUUUUUGUUAAAAUAUUUAUCUUCAAUUUUGGCUUCAGCUUUACUUUGCUAAGUAUAGAAUUUAAUUUGCAAUUUAUGUCGCAGGCAAUGCUAAAAAUUAGGCAAAUUGUUAAACGGCCAAUAGAUUGCAAAUUGAAAUAUUUUUUACGCGUUAGAUAAGUCACCAGUGUAUAAUAAUCUAAGUGUUAUUUCUUUUUAUACGUAAUGUGGCGUCGUAUAUGUAGAUAUGUCAUAUAAGUCGCAGCUGAUAAAAGAAAUACAAUUUUUGUAGUUAAAAACCAACGAAUUGGUGAUUCGUUUCGAGUUGUUCGUAAACUAAAAAUGUUAUAACUGUCGACAUUGACAAGAAUCUAAGUCAUGUGUAUACUGAAUCUGUUUGGUACAUGUUAGUAAAUAAAUAAGACGGCUGCGACAAAUAAACGCACAAUUAUUUUUAAUAUUUGAACAAGCAGAGGAAGGUCUUGUGUAAUAAAUAGAGAGUGUACAAUUUUUACACGUUUUUCAACUAAUUUGAAAUAAUAAAUCAUAUUUUUAAAAUUA